AUGAGCCGGUAUCCUGGCAGUUGCGGCAGCUUCAGCCCGAAUAAGGCGGCGAACACUCCCGAUGAUUUUUACGGCUACUUUCGACAAACUGCUACAGAAAUUGGAGUUGAUAAUCGUCCAAUCUCAAGAAACUCGGAGAGCACUUUCAUUGGAGGAUACGUAGAAGACCAAACUGUAGGUCGACAUAUAUUUGACUACUUAAGCCGUAGCAUGUUAUGCAAGACACAGUGGGGGACCUGAUACAGUGGUAAAAAACGUACCAUUUUGUAUCCAGGAAGCAUCAAAAAAUGUGGCAAAAUAUCUCCCUCUUUAAGUGAAAAAUCUCAGAUUUCAAAUCUUUUCGUAAGGAAAAACGCCUUUCAAAACGAAGCUUUUUCACUUGGAUAGAGAAGCAUUUUGCCACAUUUUUGAUACUUGCCGGAUGCAAAAUGGUACCUUUUUUGCCACUGGAUCACGUACCCCACUAUAUCAUACAAGUUUAGACGUCCUUUUCCGUCGACCUUCAUCGUCCACCGUCUCGACAAUCCCAAUCGCUGCAUCCUCAAGGUCUUCGGCCACGCUCUGAGGUGAGAUCUUACCCACGUUUGUUCCGCGUUUAUACGCAUUGUUAAACAAAAAUUUGGCAUCACUUUUCUUCAGUUGGUAAAAAUUUUUGGGCUAAAAACUCGUGAUACCCCAAAAUUCUUUAUAAAUACGAAAGCGCGAUAUCCCCUCCGGUCUUUACAACUUGCCCAUUCAACGUCCUAAAAGGUACUCUCCUCAAAACGCCACUCAAUUCCCCUGCGGCAACAAUAAACAGAUCGGGUCGUUUUGUUUCUCGUACGUCUUCGUAAAUGUCACAUUCUUGUUUAUUCCAUUUAUUUUUCGCAUUUUUCGCGGUGCCUUUCACAACUUCCGGAAAGCGGAGCUUUUUAUAAAAGUCUCGGGACUUUAAUGGCGGCGUUAAUUAUGAAAUAAACGACACGUCAAAUGCAAAUGAUGCCAUUAGAGGCUGUAAAAGUCUAAGAAUGUAGAAAUCUCUACGUAACUGUAGGCUGUGGAUGCUCUAUAAUUUUGCAAAAAGUGGUGGUUUUACUUUCCUAUAUUUUUAUUGUCUCAGAAGAAAGGGAGUGCAAAUUAAGGCUCAAUUAAAUUUAAGUGUCCACUGGUUAAGUGCAUAGAUAAUAACCUUACUAAAUUUUAUAAAAAUUGUACUCUCGAGUCCUAUAUUGUCAUAGCUGUAGAUGCGUAACAUAAUUCUACAAAAGUAGUUUCAUCAAUUGUGCGUCGGUGGUUCUCAGAAUCCUUUUGAGUAUUUCAAUUUGAAAUACAAUAGCAUAGAGUAGAACAUACAGAUGUAUCAAAAUUUUCUGAUGAUUUUUCUCACCAAAGACCUCGCCUAUGAACGACAGCUUUCAGAAAGUUCAGCAUUUUUUUUGAUAACGCCUUUUUUUCGAAGCUUCAAUCCUUUAUCCGUUUUAAAUUGUAUCCGAAAUUAACUUCCGUUCCAGUGACAUUAUUACUACAGUAAUCUUUUCCAAUUGUCCCAACGAAAUCCUACAAUUCCUCCCACCAAACAUACGACCAUUCGCAGUCAUUAACCACCACCAUUUUUGAGCAGCCGCCCUUGUGACUCGUUAGACGUUGAAACUCUUUCAAAACACCACGCCUUUACAAGGCCCGAACACGUCGUCGGGCUGUAAACAUUGUCAGAAAACUCUUGACCGGAGAUUAGAAACGUCGAAUGUGCCAAGGCUCCACAAGUGUCAUUAAGUUGGAAGGAAAGACGUUUCGCAUUCCGGAGAGGGCGAGGGAAUUAGUGAGGGCAGCUUUUUCGCCUCGCGCGCGUUCCUUUUUUUAUUAUUUUCCUUUUUCGUCGAGUACGUCGGAAUUUGUGAGCUGACAUGUUUUAUCUCAAUUUGUCGUGAAAUGAAAUGAAGUCUUGGCAUGGGAACGUUGGGUUGGAACGUUAGCGGAGAAUUUUCGAAGAAAAUAAGGGCAAGGUUUGGCAUACGCUGCUUUCAAGGGACUCUUAAGGCUGUCUUUAUUAAGAAUAAGUCCUUGGCGAUCAAUUUUUUACGCUUUAUGGCAUCAUAAAGCGCUUACGAUUAUGAUCUUUUAAACAUAAGUCGCUUGAUCUUCUUUGCUUAUCAAGCUUUUCAGCUUGAUCCCACCGCAAUUAUUUUUACGAAAACUUUGUCUUUGAGCUUUUGUUUAUUCAAGCAAUAUCGUAAAAUUCUGAUUAUUUCAAUACACUCAAUAUACCACACAUAUUGAGUAUAUUGAAAUGAUCGCUAAACGCUCCAAAUAUUUUGGCCGAAUAUUUCGACCGGGACUUCCGGAAUCAUUCGUAGCAAGCGAAGGCUUUUGUCGUUACACUUGAUAACGCCUGGUAUAAUAAUUUCGAGUCCGUUUCCUUUAACACCUCUAGAAUUAUCAUUACCCGAAGCUAACCUAUAAUUUCACAAAACUUUCUAUACGCUACACUGCAGGAUGAGCCAAGUCUUUCUCCUUGGGUGGUCAAGUCUCCCGCUCAAAUUUUUAUUUUUUCAAGAUUAAUAUAAAUGUCUUUAUGUUUUAAUCUACAUAUAUGGACAGGACAAUAACUCAAAAAGUAAGUUAAAUUAUCUCUCUUUCUGACUAUACAAAACUUUUUUCGAUUACAUAUUGUUAUUAUUGCGCAUUUAGGCAUUAUAGAAGGUGCAUAAUUUUAGGUAAAUGCUGUUCGUUCUUGACAUUAGACGAACAACAUUCGAAAGUCUUACCCCAAAAAGAACUGCCGUCGAGCCUUCUUCGUGCCAAAAUUAUUUCAGCAUGAAAAUGAUCUACAGUUUUUUUGUUGAUUAGAUUUUUGAUAUUACACUAGGUACUUUUGUAAGUUUAAGGCGAGAUUAGGUCACGUUUUACGUCAUAUAAGGUCUAAAUGGACAAUAAAACUUUCUUUUAACAUUCUUAACGUCGUAACAGUGAUUUCCUCCUUUUAUUGUCGUUUUUGAUUUUUUUUCAGAUUUUAGGUAUGGAACAAUUUUUAUGUAUCCGCGGCCAUAGAUGCGUAUUAAUACUUCGCAAACCAUAUUUCAAAGGUCCCUGGUCGAUCUAAAACAUGUUUAAAACAGUAUGAGAGGUAUUUGAGACUUUUUUAGAUCCAGGUUGUACUUGAUCACUUACACCCUAAGACAUCUCAAACCCUGGUUUGAAAGAAUAUUUAUGUUGGUGACGGUUUAGUAAUGGCUCAGCUUUGUAGUUUUCCGGGUUUAAACUUCAAAAACAUUAGAUUUUGCCUGCAACUUGACAAAAGUACCUAGUGUAAUAUCAAAAAUCUAAUCAACAAAAAAACUGUAGAUCAUUUUCAUGCUGAAAUAAUUUUGGCACGAAGAAGGCUCGACGGCAGUUCUUUUUGGGGUAAGACUUUCGAAUGUUGUUCGUCUAAUGUCAAGAACGAACAGCAUUUACCUAAAAUUAUGCACCUUCUAUAAUGCCUAAAUGCGCAAUAAUAACAAUAUGUAAUCGAAAAAAGUUUUGUAUAGUCAGAAAGAGAGAUAAUUUAACUUACUUUUUGAGUUAUUGUCCUGUCCAUAUAUGUAGAUUAAAACAUAAAGACAUUUAUAUUAAUCUUGAAAAAAUAAAAAUUUGAGAGGGAGACUUGACCAUCCAAGGAGAAAGACUUGGCUCAUCCUGCAGUGCGCUAUAGAGCUUUUGACAACACAGGUGAUAUCAUUUUAUUGUCACGGUCUUCUGAACAUUGUAGCCUUUUCUAGUGCCCACGGGAAUUGAAACAGAACCUAGACAGCAUAGGUGUGAAAAAUGUAAAGAAAAUGUGAGCGUCGCACUUGGGAACGCUUGUAAAAUGCUUUAGUAUCAACUAUAACAUAUUUUUUUUGUCAAAUGCCAUCCGGAACUCAUUGGAAUUCCCUUAAAUCCGGCUUAAAAUAGCGGAAAAUAAUCCUAAAACCACAUGGAUUAUCUGAAUAAACUUUUUUCCGCAGAUACAUUUUGCAAUUGCAAAUGUAAUCUGUAGAAUUUUUUGUCAUCAUUUUUCACGUAGUGGCUAAAGUCUUGUUUCAAAUUCAAUUUAACGAUCGAUUUAAACUUCGUUUAUACUCUAGCAAAGACCUCGGAUUCUCGGUUGUUUCAUGGCUACUCCCUUCUGACACAUCCAUUCAAUGUCAUCCUCAACAUUCUCCUCUUCUUCUCGACUUGUUUCUCUCCCCGCCUGACCUUGGAAUUUGACUUUUUUCGAUAAAAAUUUAAUCUUCUCCCCUCCGGAACGCCGCCGGGAAGAGAGGGGAAGGCACGUGUUCCAGGCCCACCACCAAAAAUAGGCAUUCGGAAAGUUCGUUCGUGGAAAACGCCCAGGUGUUUUGGGGCGCAGAUCAUGUCCUAAUUCCCAGAAACUGUUUAAAUUUGCGUCCCUAAUUAGACACAUGACCCGAAUAUGAAAGGAGGCCGCGGUUUUCAUAGGCUUACAUGCCCGCGGAACGGCUGAAAGCGAAAUUUUUAUCGGUUCCAAAUGGUGACAUUUGCGAUUUCAGCCGGGAAAUGUGUUACUAAUCGAAAUUUGGACACCCAGGAGGUCCUUCGAUGUCUUCAUGUCUAUUAUGCGCGUUUUCGAGUAUGAAGCUGCAAAAGGCCCUGGAGUCAUGUUCUCGCUAUGAAUUUUUGAUGAGAAUUUCCGUCGGAUUAAACCAUCCAUAAAAUUUUCCCCCAUUUUUUUGAAACUCCAAUGCGAAUUUCGACUUUUUACGUCUGUUUGAAUUGGGUUAAACUACUGGUGAUAUCGAUAAACGUUUAUAAUGGCGUUUUUUCCAAAGUUCCGUCAGUCAUUCUUUUCGUAAUUCGCCAGUUUUUAUUUAUAUUGCACUUGGUGGAUGAUCGAAUUAAAAAAAAACAUUCGAUUGCUUCAAAAUUCGAGUUCGCUGCUUGAAAGACGCCGUUUUACCCUCCAUAAUCAUCCAGCAAAGUAUCAAAAACAUCUGUCGCGCUGUUUUCAAGUUCUCACUUCCGUUUGAAGUCAGGGCGCAGCUGGCGCCGAUCCAUUUUUUUCUUUCACGCGUCCAAAGCCAAAAUAAACGUUUCGUCUCGCUUCCGCCGAUAGUAUCCGUUCUGUUUGCAGUUGGACUAUCGCAAUCAAGCCUACAGAUCAUCGACCAGCUCACGACCUUCACCUUCUCCUCAAACCAGAUUGAAUUAUUCGGCUGGAGCAGCGUUCGGCCGGAGAAUUGCUCGAGACAUGUCGCGGUAAGCUUGUUUUUUUGGUUGUUUAUGUGCCUUUUGUGUUUAGAGCGUAUCAGUGGAGUUAGAAAUGGGGGUAAACACCUCUCUGCAGCAGGAUGCUGAAGGGAACGAGCGGUAGAGUUGUUGUGAUUGACACCUGAUUUUGUUUUUGGAAGAGAAUGCAGAGAAAUUUGUUAGAUUUGGAGGCUUAGAGAAAGAGGCAUUUUUGGUCAACUCUAUGACUCUGUUCCCUGCAUCUUCUGGAUUGCAGUGACAUUACAACAACCAUUUCAAACGACUGCUGCAUUAAUUUUAUGUUGUCUUUCUCCAUGGAUAACAUAAGGGUUUUAUUUGUUAGGCACCGAUUAUCGGAUUGAUUUGGUAAUUGGAUACUUCGCUCAGUCCACUUUUUUGACAUUUUUCAUGCUGGGGCUCAAGCUAUAGCUUAUGUUGUUUUUGUCGCAAAUCAUAUUGGACAAAGUGGAUUGAUUAAUUGGAUUAGGAAUCCCGAGUUAGUGCAGAACGCAUAUUUUGGCCAAAUGUCAAAUCUCAAGGAGUUCUAGGGGCUUACAUUCUCGCAAACGUCUCGGAUGAACUCUUGUUGUUUAACCAAUCUCGGCUCAUAUUAUAUUAGGGGUUGUGAUGAGGGAAAGCAUGUUGAAUUUUGAUGUUUCGGCCGUAGUUCAUCAAAAAUUGAAAUAUUGAGUAGCGCGACCUGUCAGCCGGCUAUUUGGAAACUUUUUUCCAGAAGAGCGCUUAUUCUUGUCGUCUCCUUGGCCCUCUUAUUAACACCCCUUGGCGUUCUGACUUUUGGCCGUUCCAAAAAUAGCGGCGCGCCCGUGAAGGAGAGCGGGGCCAAUUCCAUUUCUCCCAAGACUUUUUUUUUGCUUGUGGUGUGUGUGUUUCAUGUUGGCGCGAGAGAGGGGCCCUUUUAAUCAGUCCGAAUGAAUAGAAGUAGAGGAAGGAGAAGAGUGCCAGGACUUAUUAAGCGCUUUGUUUUAAUAUGGGGAGGUUUAAUUGGAGUAAUCGGGGCCGAUGAGAAGGUGAGGAUGGGUACAGUGAAAAACUCGUGCCCCCCAGACACCCAGUGUGAGAGUGAGAGCCCUGAAGCGAAUGAGGAGAAAUAAGCGGUAGUUCUUAAUAUUGUCCGUGAAUUUUCGCUCACACUGCCCGUGUUUUUAUUCAAUAUUAUGUUGUUUUAUAUUCGAAAUGUAGCCUAAGGUCUCUCGUUGCAGGAACGACAUGGAAUUCACGGAUAUCACCGCUCUCCGUGACGAAUCCACCGCUCUUCCCAACACCAUCCGACAGUCCAAAUCCAAUGGAGACGGGCCCACCGCCUCGAUUGCUGCACAUUCCGCUAGCCUGAAACCGGUCGGAAGACUCUCCCUAUCCGUAUGCCGCAUCCUCAGAGGCCACAUGGCCAAGAUCUAUGCCAUGCAUUGGCUCACAGACUCACGGUAAGAUUCCUCGCCUAGUGCAAUAUAAUUUUGGUGUUCAGGAAUAUUGUGUCUGCGUCACAAGACGGUAAAUUGAUUGUUUGGGACACAUACACCACCAACAAGAUCCACGCCAUCCCGUUAAGGUCCUCAUGGGUCAUGACGUGCGCAUAUUCACCUUCCGGAAACUUCGUCGCUUGUGGUGGAUUGGACAAUAUUUGUUCGGUUUAUUCGUUGAAGACAAGAGAAGGAAAUGUCAGAGUGUCUCGCGAACUCCCUGGACACAAAGGCUUCUUGUCUUGUUGCCGGUUCCUUGAUGAUCAAAGGAUUUUGACCAGUUCCGGGGACAAAACUUGGUAGGUAUUUUAUAUUGUUGUUCUUGAUUUUUAGGGGUGGAUUGGAAGGAAUUUGGCUAGAAUACAGAUUUGGCCAACUUCUGAGAGAAAUUUUGGGACCUAGAAUAAGUAAUAAACUUUAUUUUCGGCUGUUUCUGUGACGCGAAAUCAUGUGUAACAUAAAAAUUCUGGAAAAAUUAGGAUUUUUUGGCUUACCGAGACGUAACUUUUUAAAAAUCACUAAAUGGAUUGGUUUAGUAUUCUCUGGGACAUUGAAGCCGGUCAAGCGAUCACCACUUUCAACGGCCACACUGGAGAUGUGAUGUCGAUUAGUUUACACCAAAACGACCCUCGAUCCUUUAUCUCUGGCGCCUGCGAUGCGAAUGCCAAACUCUGGGAUCUGCGAGACGGUCAAUGCAAACAGACCUUCACCGGGCAUUCACAAGAUAUCAAUGCUGUUGCAGUAGGUUUAUUUUGUGGUAAAGCAAUUCUGUAAUCGUAGUAAAAAAUGUUUGAGCUGAUUUUCAACUUGAGUUUUUCAGCAUUUUCCAAGCGGCACCGCUUUUGCUACCGGCUCGGAUGAUGCGACUUGCCGACUUUUUGAUAUCAGGGCUGACGCUGAAGUCGGAGUUUAUGGAAUGGACUCGAUUAGCUGCGGAAUUACGUCAGUUGCCUUCUCGAAAUCUGGUCGGUUAUUGUUCGCUGGAUAUGACGACUUCAACUGCAAUGUCUGGGAUUCCAUGAAACAGGAACGGGCUGGUGAGUUAUAUUGUACUUGAUGUUUUCAUAAGAAAUUUAGGUGAUUUGUUAAUCUUUUUGUAGUUUAAAGCCGCAAAAAGAAAUAUUUAGUAAUUAGAAAGUAGAAUGAAGCUAUUAGAAAGUUGGAAAUCAACUUUUUUUGACUUAUGUUAUCCGUUUCCAGGUGUCCUUUCCGGCCACGACAACCGCGUCUCUUGCCUCGGCGUAACGGAAGAUGGUGCUGCCCUGUGUACCGGAAGUUGGGACUCACUGCUCAAAGUCUGGAACUAA